AGAUGAUUUUUAGAGUACUGCGGUGUAUUUAAAUGCUAGCGUCUACCUGUACAUUAUAACGUUUGUUCAACUUGCCCUAGGAUAUACAAUACCAAGCGCACAUCUUGUGAAAAUGCCCGAUAAUAAGAUUACGAAGGAAUAUGGGAAACGAUGCGAAGUUAAACACAACUAUGAUGCCUACGUAAGUCACGGAUCGUCAGACAGGGAUAGACAAUUUGUUCGAAUGUUGGCAAACAUCCUAGAACAGGAACCGUUCAACUUUCAUCUUUUCCUACCAGACGAGAACCUUAUCGACAAAGACAACAAUUCCAUUAUAUCAGAAACUAUAAAACAUAAAUGUAACCGGCUACUUCUCGUGAUGUCGAAAGACUAUGCAGUUGACAAGAUGUCAGAUUUCACUGUCAAUGUUGCCUUAGAUAUACCAAACUGUAGACGAGAUCGCAAAAUCAUUCCUGUUAUCAUAGAUAGACAAUGCGGUCUCCCAGUCAUGAUAAACCAUCUGACCAGUGCUGAUUUCACGAUACCUGAAGCUUUGACCUGGGUUUUACCUCGACUGUGCGCCGCUCUAAGAGCUCCUAUUUCAAAACCUUCACAAAUAAAAAGGCGGACAACUUAAAACACGUGUUUUUGAAAAAAGGGAAACAUUAUCGGCCAUGGCAAUCAACCCGUUGGUGCUUCUCAAACCAAACUGAUAUUUCAGCGCCGAAGCAGGAACAACUACUAGAAAGCAUGGCGAAAUGCGAGCAUCAGUUUGCUGUGGUUUUCCUACCGACUCCGGUAUCAUUUGUUAUGUAAUCACUUUGAAUACGAAGCAAUGAAACGCCUAUUUUAGAAUUAAGUUAGUCGAUGUAGAAAGCCACAAAGAGUAUUGGAUCCAAGAUGGCGCCUUAGCAACCCCAUGAACCUACGGCCCUCCCUCCUCAUCACUUCAUCAUGUGUGUGUAUUGCUGUGACGUCAUCAAUUUUAGUGUUACCGACUGAAUUAUCUCCCCCUGUUUCCAAUAGGUGUGUAUUUUGAAUGUGGCGUCAUUUUGACGGAAUUAACUCCCGUUGUUUCUGACUUUUUAGAAUAUUUAGAACUCAUCAAUAGACUGAUCUCAAUUCCCACAUCAUCCGUUUUGGAAAAUAUCACGCUUGUUUAGCUUGGUGAUUCCCUUAUAGCAUAUCUGCAUUGUGUACAAUCGUUCUAAUAUGUCAUAUAUAUUGAGAAUAACGUAUCGAUAGUAAGUGUCGGCAAGUCCAUUGGUACAAACAUCGAGGACUGAUUGACUUCCCUGCAUAGCGUCCCCUCGAUAUACAAGGGCUACGCUCACUUUCGCUCUCUGCACCUCUUGGAUAUGCCAUAGCACCAUUGAAGGCUCAGUGAGCUGGUGGAUGAGACAAGAAGACGAUUCUAUGAUUUACAUAAAAAUAAUCUCGCGACAGAGUAACGGUAAAAUGGAUUUGUUUUAAAGUCAAAGUUCGCUCCCCUGUAAUCUUCAAAGGACAUGUAUCAGCCUUGCGAUUGGUCAGUUUUUGUUUCCUAACAUCAAUCAAAUAGCUAG